CUGCUGGGUGGGGAAACAGAGAGAGAGAGUGCUAUUAAGAAACAGAUGAGAGAAACAGAUUAGUCCAGACUGGUCGAGAACUGAGAUCAACAUAUCACAGCAGGGUUUAUCUACAGUCACCAGAUCUGAAAAUACUCAGUUCCACCUCAAGCAAGAUGAAUAAAGGUUCUGCUGCUAUUAAGUGUGUUCCGAUGAGUAAAAAGGUGUCUAAUGUUAAUAACGUGAGCUACAACAGAAACUGCAAGGGCAGUCAAAGGCCAGGAAGAGUGUUAACACACAGCCAGGAGCUCAGAGAGCUUUCUUUGUUAACAAUCUCCACCUCGAGUGUGACCCCCAGAUCUCACCAGCGGCGGUGGUCAGCUGACCUUAGUAAAUCUGAGACCUCACCUGUCGUUGUUGUGAAGAAGAACAAGAAGGAACCACAGCCUCCUCAACGAGGAGUAUCCCUCCGCACUUCUCACACAGUAUCCUAUUCUUCUUUCAAACGCUACUCCUGCCCCCCGCUAGGGAUGUUUACCUCACAGAGUCAGUCUUCAUCUUCCUCCUCCUCCACCACCUCAUCCUGCUCCUCUCCGCCUCCUGUGAAGACAUCCGUCAUCACCGGUCAUGACCCUCUAGGCUGGAAGUUGCAUCCUAAAUCGAGCUCCACCUCUGCUCGCACUAAAAGGCUGUCUCUGCAGAUUCCCCUCCCCGUUAUCUUUCCUGACCCCAAAUCCAGUCCUAGCGCAACCUCUCCAUCAGACAACACUCCUAAUGAAGACCCUGCCCCUAAGACCAAACCUCCUCUCAGACCCAAACCAUUCCGCAGGCACCACUCAGAGUCCUCAGCCUUCCUCAGAUCUCUGGCGAACCCUCUGCCUGUGGUGACACUUGAGGAGCUCUGCGCCAUCCGUCUCCGCCCGGUGUCCCAUUCAGAUGAGUCUGAUGAUGUCUUCAUUGAAGGGCAUGAAGAGAAGGUGAAGGUGACCUCUCAGCCACGCAAAAUACCACCUCCAGUUCCAGAAAAGACCUUCAUGGCCAGACAAAUAGCGCAACUGAUUGCUCGUUCAUCUAAACAUACACAUCAGACUGUGGACCACAGCAGCCUGCACGUUAAAAAAAUGGCAGGGCUGCGUCUGGAUACCAGCUGCGACAGGGAGAGACCCUCUCCACGCUUCCCUGGCAGAGAAAUCUGAGAGAAGACAACCGAAUCUUAAGUCUUCAUCCUUCAACCUGGAUCCCUGCUGUAAAUGUAUAGCUAAUGCCCCUCUUUGUUCUUCCUGUUGGUCACAAACAAGCAGAAGAAGCCUGCAGAUGAUGCAGUCCCUGCUGACUGCUGGUAGAGAUUAGAAAUCACUAAAUUUCCCUUUAAAUUACUGCUGUAUAUUCACCUGUACAAUAUACUUUGCCUUGUGUUUUGUUAAAAGUAUAUUACUUGUGAUAGAAGAUAUGAUAUUGUCUGUACUAAAAAUAAAAUUGAAAUGUAUAAUAACUGUGUACACUGAUAUUACCUGUUAAGUUGAUCAAUGGAUUAAUUUAUAAACAGGAUAUAAACUGAUGACAAUAAAUCACUGAUCUUUUUCUCAGCUGAUUUUUUGAAGUUGUGGAUCCUUGUCAAACAUAAAUCUGUAUCAAAUAAAAUCAACACUGGU